GUUCAAAAUGUAAAAGCUUACUCCAGAACUCUGUGGACAAUUUUUGAGGAUUCUUCAGUCGAUGAAUGAAGGCAAAUCCCACAUGACUUCUGAUUCCAACUCAAAUUCUCAGGCCUUUUCUGCUCACAUGGCUAGUAUGACCUACUUUCCUUCUGAUUUCAUAACUUCACAUAUGUGCAAUAGUGUGUACAAUAAAACGUAUGAGAUGCAAUUGCAUGUGCUAGAGAGGUUGGCCAAUGUGGGGAAGAAUAAUGAUUUCGAAACGUCAUUGCAAGUUCUACGUGGAUUUGAUACAGAUAUAUCAUCUGAAGUGAAUGAUAUCAAGAAAUCAGCGGCAUCAUCUGGUAAAAGCUCAAGUACUGUCCGGUUUUCAGAACUCAAGAAACGGCGAUACUAUUUGCCUCUGAUGAUCGGCAUUGGAUUACUUUCUCUCCAGCAACUAUGCGGAAUCAACAGCGUUUUAUUCUAUUCUAGUAAGAUCUUCGAAUCUGCUGGUGAGUUCUUCUCUCAGCUUUAUAAUCUUCAAAUGAUGCAGUGACAGUUCACUCUAUUUAUGCUUAAGUGGACAACUUUGCCCUUAACAACACAAAGAAGAAUAAGAAUAUUAGAUCUUAGCCAAUUUUUAAAGUCGGUUUUGACCAUUUAGCAUAAAUGGAGUAGAUUAAAUCUCAAUUUAGAUGAAUUUAGCAACAUCCUUUUUUAAAUUCUGUAUAUGUAGAAUGCAAUUGUUUUCAAUAAAAAAAAACUUUCAUAUUGAUUACCAAUUUUUUUGAGAGAAGUAAUAGAAAUGUGUCAAAUUUGUGUAAUUAAAAUUUAUAAAAGACCCCUUUAAAAAAUUUAAAAACAUAACAUAACAUGGGCGACAUAACUUUUUCAUAAAAUGGAUCACGAAAAUAUCUCAAAACACGAGAACUAAAGUUCAAAAUGUAAAAGCUUACUAUAUAUAAUAAUAAGACCUUGUUCGG